AUGGUUCUUAACAGCAACAUUGUGUGUCAGAUUGGGUUUUUAACCUUUGAACACAACAGCGCAAAGUAUUCUCUAUAUGAGAUAGAGCCUGAUAGUUCUGGAUUUCUUAAAGAUAUUUGUGCACCAUUUUGUGGGGCCGACCUUGAAGGUACCCUCCAUCCUAUCUGGGUGCUCAAACAGCUAAAGGGGAUCCUGUUCAAUCCCGCAGCAUUCCCAAAUGGUUUCCCGUCUCCCACUCCCAUCCCUAUUAACUUUCCUGUAGAGGUACCUUGGAAUACCUUGAAUCCAUUCUCUCACCAGUCGAUCACAUUCCCUGAAAUGUUGCUCCCUCCGUCCUUAGAUUUUGACCAUGACCCAACAAUUGAUCUCACUGUCACAUCUACGUUGGACAACAUGUUCACACCUGUUUUGGAUGACAAUAGCCUCAUGAGUGCUACAAAUUUCACCUAUCAUCAGCCCAUUGAUGAGGUAGAAGUUCCCCAUGAGGAACUCCAUUGGAGGGAGAUGCUCAGGGGAAAUCCCCUUGACAACAGCCAGAAAAGGUCACUUAAACUCAUAUUGCUGACAUCACCAUGGGGCCACCUAAUCAGGUUGGCAAGAUAUCUUUAUGUGGGGCAGUUUCUAGAAUCCCCUGUAGAUUUCAUUUCUGAGAUGAGGAAAGUUGUAAGAGGUGGGACAACUCCAGAUGCUGGGUUUGGGAAUAACGUGUGGCAGCAGGCCCAGUUGAAACUUCGCAUCAUUGACUUAUUGAACUCUGAUGACAAAGGCAUGGCUGCUAAUAUGUAUUAUCAACCAAGCUGUCUUGAUGGCACACCUGCUGUGUAUGAUUCUGAGAAUGACUGGGAGUCUGAUGAUGAGAGGGAGAAUGAUGAAUUGAUAGAUGAAUUGGAGGAAGCUGCAUUGGCUGGGACAUAUAUGGAUCUUGACUUGGAUUCAUAUGAUAUAUAG